AUGUCUGCAAUCUCCAUCGAAAAAGGCCCCCUCCAGCUGGCCGGCCUUUUGUUCAGACCCUCUGUGAACGCUUCGGCAAAGGGACCUGCCGUUGUUGUUGUCCACCCUGGCGGCGGUGUCAAGGAGCAAACAGCGCAACUUUACGCCAAAAAACUUGCCGGAGAAGGCUUUGUCGCUGUCUGCUAUGACGCCUCCUACCAGGGCGAGAGCGGAGGAGAGCCUCACUUCCUGGAGGAUCCCGCGGCAAGAGUCAGCGAUGUCUGGGCGGUGGUCGACUAUCUUCAACGUCAAGACAACGUUGACCCUGAGAAAGUCGCAGUUCUGGGGAUUUGUGCUGGAGGUGGCUACGCUGUGGCUGCUGCAAAGGCGGAUCAGCGCCUCAAAGCCGUUGCCACCGUCAGUAUGGUAAACAUCGGCGACUCGGCUCGUUUAGGUUGGUACGGCGACGAGGAUCCUUCGCAGCACGUGGAUUCAUUGAAGAAGGCGGCUCAACAGAUCACCGCCGAGGUCACCACGGGCGCCGAACGUGCCGCUGCUCCGUACGUGCCACCACAGCCCGACGAAAAGACUCCGUACGAUCUGAAAGAAGCAUACAAUUACUAUCUCACUCCGAGAUGCCAGCAUCCACGAGCGGCGAAUAAGAUGUUAUACGACAGUUUUCCGCGCGUCCUCACCUUCGACGCCUUCCAUCUCGCAGACAUCUUUUUAAAGCAGCCGACUUUACUGAUCGUUGGUGAGGACGCAGGCUCCAGAUGGCAUACGGAGAAGCUGGACAAAUUGGUUGGUGGUGUGACCAAGAAAAUUGUGGUCUCUAAAGGCACUCACAUGGACUUUUACGACAAACUUCCAUUUGUUGACCCUGCGGUACAAGAUAUUGCAGCAUUUUUCAAGGAACAUUUGCCUUGAGACAAAUAACAACUUGUGUGUUAAUAGUGGGGUCAGGGAUAGAGUCUCAAUCCAGCAUCAGUUCUCUUC